GCUUCCUCUUUCGUCUGUACGGAGGCGCUGAUGUAUGCCAGUACAGUCACAGAAUAAAAAGCGAGCAUCGCAAGGGGAACCCUCCUGAGUGUCUCUCAGCCGCAGCAUGAUCAGGACGGAGAGCAGGAGAGUGUGGACCUAACAAGACAAUGAGCAGCCUAAUCGUCGGACCCCUCAACACACAGCACUUCAUCAUGGACAGAGAUGACAGGACGAGAAACAAGAACAUUGGAAAAAACUUCAUGUGCCGACUCCAGUGCAUGUUCUCCCACUCGUCGAGCGCUGAGAGGCUAAGUUUAGAAGAUACCCAACAAUGGUCACAGUCACUGGAACGGCUUCUCGAGUCUAAAUACGGACUGGCCACAUUUCGCAGCUUUCUCAAAUCUGAAUACAGCGACGAGAACAUCGAGUUCUGGCUCACCUGCGAGGACUACAAGAAGAUGAAGUCUACUUUCCGAAUGUCCUCGAGAGCCAAGAAGAUUUACGAGCAGUUCAUCAAAGCAGAAUCGCCCAAAGAGAUCAACAUCGACUAUCACACCCGGGAGCAGAUCAAAAGGAGCGUCAAGACUCCCACCUUGAAUUGCUUUGACGACGCUCAGAAGAUAGUUUAUGGGCUGAUGGAGAGAGACUCGUACCCGCGGUUCCUCCGCUCGGACAUUUACAGGACUCUCCUGGAAAACCUCGCCGCAGACGCCGUGAAGGGCUGAGAAGAGCGCGGCCGGGAGAAAGGAGAGCGAAAGGACACGAAAGGCCAUAACUGGAAUGUUUGAGCUCCUUCAGGAGGAAGGACUGGCGACAAAGGAGGAAGGAGGGUCAGCACGGACACAUACCUAGGCCUCGCACCUCGGGCUGCUAGAUCCAGAAGCAAACCUGUGCCCUAGCCAGCCCCGUCAUGGGAGGAUCCCCACACCAAGCACCACACACCUGAGGACUAAGAAGAAGAAGAAGAAGAAGCACAACUAGCCUUCACAAUACUGACCCUGUAGCGUGCUUUUGCACUGGAUAACAAGAAAGCAUCCUUGCCAGCCACUGAAUCAGCAGGCCCAGCUCCGACCACAGAGCUGUGUAAGCAAACCGUUCAGCAGACGCCCUUUGGCCUUCUUUGCCGAGGUGUUUCCUAUGCAGAUAAAGAUAGAGGAUGUGAGACGCGGCGGACACACUUGCUUAACACUGCGUCGUGUGUUGCGAGAGAAGGAGAAUUCAGUCGCACUGCCACAGACUCGAAAUAAGCUGCCCUAAAAAAGAGCUAUCGAAAGACAGCGCUGAGGAAGACGACAAACCCACAGCGCACAGAGGAGUUGUUGGGUGCCACUUAGUUCUGAAAGAGGCCUUCUGGGACACUUUAAAUGAAAAUGUCACUCUCACACUCUUUUUAACCUUGAGUGGGGUUUUAAAAACUGAUGCAAACUGUUAUUUUUUGUGCCAACAUUCAGUAUCUGGAUCAAACUACACCGAGUGAAUAGAUCCAGGAUUAAUAUGUUUCAUGCUAACAAAACAUAAUCGUGCAAAUUGUGUGGAAUCUUAAGCAAAUGUUGCGCCAUAACAACUAAUGACUUCCCAUUUACAGCUGACGUCAAAUUCAACCGCUCAGCGCAUGGCCGCUGGCCAAAGACCGUAAUGUCAAGAGUUGUGAUCUUGUGUAAUAAACAUUUUGAGUUGGAUAAAACUAGAAAUAGGACGUUUCACAUUGCAUGAUAAGAUGUUAAAACUCCCUCUGCGUACCCUGAGAAUAAGCCUUAUUACUCCUUCCCCGAAGCACUUUGUGUGAAUGUGUAGUUAAACAUUGUAUUAUUUAUUAUUCCUUGUCACCACUUGAGUUCAACGUUUGCUGCAGUGUUGAAGUGCUUGUUACAAUGUUAGUGAUUUGAACGACAUUAAAUUAUUUAAAUUGCCUA